UGGUGGGUGGGUGUGAGCCUGGUCACCCAGGCUGCAGACUUUGAACUGGGGUGUUAGUGGGGAAAUAAAAGCCCUGCAAAGGAAAGUCCUGCCUGAGAGCCCCGCCCCAAUGCUAUAUAGAACUGGUCCAGGGGCCUGGUGCUAUCUUGAGCCACCACAAAUCCCACCAUGCCUCCUGCACAGCCUGUGGCCAUCACACAGUCUGCUCUACCAAAGGUACAAACUGCCAGGCAGUGACCUGAGGUCCACUGGGGCAAGGCUGGAACCCAGGCUCCUGGCCCUGAGAACUUGUUCCCAUCACAAUGGCCCAAAAUUCCAGAGACCUGGAAUCUGCACCUUGGCUCUGCUAAGCAGGCAGCCCACAGGGAAGGCACGAGGUGCACAGGGUCCCUGUGGACCGUGUGUGCCACCAUGAAGGUGCACAGUGAGGCAAAUGUGGAGGGACAGAUACAGGAGCUAAAGACCAUCACCAGGCUCCAGGAGCAAUGUCGGGCGCUCCAGAUCCAGGGGAUGAAGGAGAAGACGGCGCAGAACAAGGCGACGCUGGGCCUGCUGCGCAGCAACGUCCGCCGAGGGGUGCAUGAGUGGGCUUCGGCCAAGAAGUACGACCAGCGCGCCAUCGCCAAGGCCUGCGGGAAGGACGUGUCGGUGAGGCUAGCGCAUGGCCGCAGCACCUUGGAGGUGGCACGGGAGAAACUGCGCAAUUAUGUCUUCGAUCGCGUGAACACGCACAACGCACUGAUCCAUCUGGUGAGGCGGCGCGGGAAGCAGCUAGAAAGCCUGCAACUGGAGCUGGACCGCCUAUGCAGCCAGCCGGAGGCCACCAAGGAGGAGGCACGACUGCUGCAGGUCAUCCGCCAGCUAGAAAACAGCAUUGAAAAGACAACCAUGAAGAUCACCACCAGCCAGAACAUCCGCCUGCUGUACUCGGACCUCCUGGAGCACCUGAAGAAGGUGCUGGCAGGGUACCCCGUGGUGCUGGACAGGCUGCAGAACCGGGUCAUCAGCUAUGGCUCUGAGCUGUCUGACAUGACAGUCAUGUCCCAAGACGCCAUGAUGAUUACGGAUGAGGUCAAGAGAAACAUGAGGCAAGGGGAAGCCACCUUCAUUGAGGAGCGUAGAGCUCGGGAAAACCGGCUCAACCAGCAGAAGAAGCUCACUGACAAGAUCCACACCAAGGAGGCCAGCGAGAAGCUCCGCCGGGGCCACAGGGACCUGGAGUUCCCCUCCAAGAUGACUGUGGAUGUCCUGAGAGGCAAGAAAAAGGACACCUCCGAGAUGGACAUCCCAUACCAGACCAACGUGACUGCGUUGGUGGAGGGGGUCAAAGCUGCUGUGCAAUGCUCCCACCUCUGGGACAUCGCUGGCCGCUUCCUGGCCCAGAGGAACACUGAGGACAACCUAGAGCUGCAGAUGGAAGACUGUGAGGACCAGCGGGCACAGCUGGACGCCCUGAUGAAGAAGCUGCAGCUUGAGAAGGCACUGCUGAAAUUCCGCCAAAUGCCAGGCUCCGAUAGCUCUAAAUCCACUGAGGAAAAGAUGAACAACAUGCUGAAAGAGGAAGAGGCGAGGCUCCAGCUGGCCCGCAGCAACAUGAUCAAAAGCCAGCAGCUGCUGCUGACCAUCCAGACAGGCAUAGACAAUCUCUAUAUCCGGCUCAUCGGUGUCACCUUGCCUACCAGCCAGAAAGAAGCAGUGCCCUCUGACACCCUCGAUGUGCACGGCAAGCUGGCCUACUGUGAAAGGAAGCUCAUCUACCUGGCUGACCGCCUGCAGGCGCUAUCCAAGAUAGAGGAGGUGAGUUCCAAGGUGAAAGAUGCCCUGGAGUCCUCGACGCUGAAGGAGAGAUACAACACCAGGAUCAGUUUUGAGGACCUGGAGGAGGACAUGAUAGAAAGCUUCCAGUUUGCCGACAUGGACCACAGCUACAUCCCGUCGCGGGCGGAGAUCAAGAAGCAGGCGCAGUGGCUGAUCGAGGACAAACUCAAGGCGCUCAAGAAGAAGAAGAAGUAGCUCCGCGCUCUGUUUCGCAAAUAAACAUUUUUCCUUGA